UAUCGUGACAGAGCGCAUGUAUAGGUCCAUCAUGAUUCUACCGUUUACAAUUCCUGUUGCCUUUUUCAUCCUAUGCGCAGCUUCUGCUGUUCAGAGCACAUUCCUCGUGCACCAGUCCCCAGCUAUUCUGCGUGCAGCUGAAGGCACUCGCGUCAUCCUGAACUGCACCUUCCAGAGCGCGGGCACUUUGCCCAGUGUCGGGCAGGCCAGCUGGUGGCGUGGGCGCGUCCGGGAAGGCCAGCUCGUCUCCAACAGCAACUGGGUGUUCAAGGGCAGAGUGUUCGUUAGCGAGCUCGAGCUAUUCCUGAAUAGGAGCACGGUCUCGUUACAGAUAGCGGCGCUCCAGAGAUCUGACGCCGGCGUUUACUACUGCGAGGUGGAGUUUCUGCAGUAUGCCACACGCUACGGAGGAGGGACCACCCUGGAGGUCAUAGGAAAAGGCGACAAAGACGAAUACCCUCCCGUGUACCAGUACCCGCUGAUCAUCGAGGCUAACGAAGGAGAGGCAGCAGAGAUCGUCUGCGUUUGCUACGGAUCUCCUGAAUGCCCGGAUCUGAGACUAGAUCUAGUCAGAGUGUCGGCUGGCAAAGAGGUCUCAGAGCUCAGCUCCUCUCUUCGGCGGAGAACGGAGAGCCGUCCGCUGGAGAGCUACAACAACGCUUCGGAGGUGUGCGUGCGGGUCACUGGCCUGGAAUACUCGGACUCCGGGGAGUAUAAGUGCCGGGGCUACAGCGGCAGCGGCAGUGUUAUCGUGAGCGGCAAUGCGACUACGGUGGCUGUAAAAAGCUCCUGGGCUGAGGUUCUCGUGGAUGAUGACUGCAGCGAGGACAGAGUCUGGAUCUUCGUUCGGAUCGCGAUCACACUCGCUCUGGCGGUCCUCUCUAUAGCAGCGGCCCUUCUGCCUGCCCGUACAGCGGAGUAGCUUCACCAGAGGAGCCUGCUUUGAACCGCCGCCCACCUGUCGCAGAAAGAACAUCCGAGCAAAUGUUUAGGAAUGAGAAGAGCCUGUUCAGCGCAUCCACCACGUGUCCUUACUAAUGGGAUCGAUUUUAAUAGGACAGAAUCUCAUUGUAUUUCAAAUCUAUUUACUUGACCUGUUCCACGCAUCACUCUUUGUGUGCCUUCUGUUCAGAAUGUGUUCAUUGCUAAGUUUGUAAUAAUAGGCCCGA